AUGGAGAGGCUAUAAAAUUACAAAUAGUAAUAAAUAUAGGAAACCUAUGAACUAGGGGUUUAAAAAGGCAAAUUACAAGAGAGGUUUUCUAACCAGUUAGAGCAAUAUCAAAAAGAGAUUGAUAAAAAGAGAGAUCAAAUUCUAUAGAUUGAAGCAAGCACUUCUUCUUUGAUCAAUGAAUUGAAGAAAAAGGUAGUUAAAAAUGAUCCAUGCUAUGAAAUGAAAAGCCAAAUUAUAGAAUUCUUAAUUGAUCGUAUUAGUAAUGUUUAGACUCGGAGAGACUAGAAAUCAAAGAAUAAAUUGAAUAAGAAUCUUCCAGAAUAAAUGUUUCCUAUGUAAAAUCAAAAUAACAGUUAACGUAUCCCAGCUCAACUUAAGCAAAAUAGAGCUAUAGAAGAGGAGGAGAAAAAGCAAGAUUCAUUAUCAAAUUAUAUGAAUCUAUCUCCUUAAAGAUCUUAUAUUCAGAAUAACCAACUUUAAAAGCAAAAUCAUAUUAUUGAGUCAAAUUAAAGAGCUUAAAUUAGCCAACAAAAAGAUAUGAUUGAGUAACAACUGCCAAAAUAAUCCUAGCUAAAGACAUAAAUAAAUUAAUAGGCUGAGUAAAUUUAAGCUGUCAAAAAUAAAAUCAGUAUCUACCCUGCUUUAAAUUCAUAGGUAAAAACUUAAACUUAAGAAAUGAAUAAACAGCAACAAGUUAAAGUUGAAUUACCAUAAUCAAAUGCUAAAAAUUAAGCGAUGUAAAAGCAAAGUAGCAAUCCUAGUCAGGGUAAGGGAUUAAUCUUCAGAUAAGAUAAAGAAUUGCCUUGCUUUUAUCUCGGCAACAAAUAAUCAGCUAAGCUUGAUAUUUUAAUGAAAAAAUUUGACAAAUUUAGAGUAGAAACAUACAAGUAUGAAGUGCCUAUUCAGUAAAUUGCAGAGUCAAUGAUGUCCUUAGAAGAAUCAAGGAAUCAGUAAUUAGAGAGCCAGACAUUCAAUAGAGAAUUCAAAUACAAUGAUGAUGAUUUCGAGAAUAUAUCAAUGAUUGAUCAUAAAGAUCAUAAGGAUCAUAAAGACGAUGAUGAAAGAUAUUUAGAAAAUAUCCUAGGAAAAUACGAUGAUUUAGAUAAGUUCAAACCAGUUUCAAACUCAUCAGUGACAAAAUCUACUGAAGUAAAAUCUGUAAUGACUAGAGAUUAAUAGCGCCGUUACGAUAAAAUGUAUGAAACAACAAGGAGAUAAUAAGAUCUAAAGCAUUAGAUGAUAAAAAGUUAAUAAUCUUAAAAGGCUAAUCUACAAAAUUAAAAUAUCAUUAGCAACAGAAAUAGUAACAAUGAAUAGAAACGUAUCAAUCAAAGUUUACUAUCUGAAUCAUUAGAAAGAGCCCUGAAAUAGGAUAAUAAUACAACUAAAAACAUAGCAUAGUAAUUUUAGAGUGAAUAAAUGAAGCCAUAAAAUAGCUAAAUCUCAGGAAGUAGGGUUAAAAAGUAGCAAAUUCUAUUAAGAGAGCAGGAAACUGAAAUUUAAACUUAGAAAAUAACAGAGCAAAAUGUUAAAUAAAAUUAUAGUGUAGUUUUAAGUGAUGAUCUUUGCGAGUGCGAAGUUAAUUCGAGUAUCUACGAAAACUUUGACGAUGCUCUUAGUAUUUAAUCUACUAGCUUUUAAAUAUAAAAUAAGUCCAUAGUUAAAGAUGUAAAUUGGGGAGAAAAAUUAUUGAAUAAAGAAGAAAUGAAGUCUGAAGAUGAAAAUGAUGAAGAAAUUAAUUUAUUUCAGGAUAAAUUGCCACCUUUUGAUUGGGGUAAACUUUAAUAAGCCUUAACAACAUGGGAGAUGAGAAAGAGAAUUCUAUAGAUAAUACUUGAUAAUUUAGACAAAUUCAAGUAUUACAGAAGAUUGAAGUUUGAAAAGUCUCCGGGAUCAGAAUAUCUGCAAUUUAAGUAUGACGAUGAAUUUAUAAUAGUUGAAGAGAAAAGACUCAGCAAAAGAGAUCUUGGGAUGCCUAUAGACCAAGAUGAGGCCUUGGAAUACUUGCAGCUCAUUGAUUCGUAGGAAUGCGACAAAUAGAGACUUAAAUAUAUUAUAUAACCACUUUGA